GAGAAACUCACAGAGUGAAUGAAAUAAAAAAAAAAACAGCAUGGAGUAAGACAUACAGUAUAAUGAGGGAAGUGCUUUGGAAAUGAAUUUUCUUCAAAAUAACCUAUGGAUCUAACUGCUGUCUGGGCUUUGAUAAAGUAAAGGGAUGGAUCUACACGUGUCAGACUCUUGUGACAGUACAGCCGACAUGGAUCGCAUGAAGAGGAAUAAAGUGGAACAUGAGCGUCAGACCCACCGGGUCUUGCAGAAUACUCCUUUAGACCUGAUUGAAACAGGCAAGUCAUUGAAAGUUCAGGCAGAGCGCCCCCACCUGGUUAGCUUGGGAAGUGGACGCCUGAGCACAGCCAUCACUCUGUUGCCACUGCUACAAGGGAGAACCACCCUUGGCAGUGAUGGGACAGAUAUCUCCCUGCAGGGCCCAGGCAUCGCACCUCAGCACUGCUACAUUGAAAACCAAGCAGGGAACAUCACUUUGUACCCAUGUGGAAACCAGUGCUCUGUGGAUGGGAUUCCCAUCACCAAACCCUAUCGCCUAACACAAGGGUGCAUGCUGUGUUUUGGUCAGUCUGCUUUCUUCCGCUUCAACCAUCCUGAGGAGGCUCAGAGGAUGAGGAGUAUGCUGCCUUCAGGGAGCCUCAGAGUGAACACAGUCAAACCACUACCUUCUGACUCCCACAGUGUCUUAAAUGGAAGCCACAAGUCUUUCUCAGACAACAAAGACAAUAAACUAAAUGGAAUGACAAAAACUCUGCAGGACUCCCUCAAACUGAAACCACCGUCGUCAUUAUCUGGGUUUGGUGAACAGUCUUGUCAACCAGCUGUUUUAGACACGUCAAAUGGAAAAACCGGCACUACGCCAGACAGUUUCAUUCAAGAAAACAACAGGAGCAUCUCUAUGACUCAGAAGGUCACCAAUGAACCCCUUGCAGUACCUGUUCCUUAUCCACGGAACUCACGCUCUUUGGCUUUGAGUGGUACUGGUGGGACUCAGAAAACCCAGGAGAGCCCAAAUCUUCUUAGAAAUGUGGGGAAAGAGACAACAUCAAGCCCCAAGCUCCAUGUCAGAGUAUCGGAAAAUUCAAGCAUUAGUCACAAACCCUCCUCCGUCAAACUUUCCCGCACUGCUCCAUCCAGCCCUCAACUAAGAUGUUCCUCUUUUCAGACAAGAUCGCACAGCCCAAUGCGAGAGCUGGGUCAGCCUCUCUCUGAUGCUGAUGUCCCUCAUAGGAUGACUGACUCCACCAACCUUAGGGAAGUUCCUCGGGUCAGCCCCUUUGUGUCCUACAUGGAGACUCCAGGAUCACACGGAGUGCCUCAAAGCCCCCUGGGCCAACGCAAACUUUCAGCACCAUUAAAAGCAGAGGCCAUGAGGGCCAUAAAUGCACAAAACCCAUCAUCUCUCUCUGGGCUGGAAAAGCAGUCAGAGAGCAGACUGUUACGGCCUGGACCAGCAACUGGCAUCAUAUCAGGCCUGGGUUCAGUAUCUGGUUUGUCUCCUCUGGCAAGCCCUUGUAACGAACGGAAGACGGCCUGCAUGAGUGCGAAAGGAUCCUCCAGCAAGGAAGGGAAUCCUACAAAACCAUAUACCAGGGAACGCAAAAACAGUAUCUCUGAGAUCAGCGAUAAUGAGGACGAGUUGCUGGAGUACCAUCGGUGGCAGAGAGAGGAAAGGCUGAAGGAGCAGGAAAUGGAAAAAAUGGAGCGACAAAGACUGGAGACCAUCCUGAAUCUAUGUGCGGAGUUUAAUCAGCAAGACAAUGAUGCAGAGCUGGUGAGGAGUGGGCUGCCUGGGAGUGUUAGAGUAGUCGGCUCAGAUUCAGGGGGGAGGUUAUCUCUUAUGGGAACAGACCGAGCUCAAAGGGAGGGAGAAAAUGAUGAGGAAAUGCAGAGAGAGGAGUCCAGCAGUACAGAGAGCACACAUCAAGAGUGUGAAGAGCUGUUUGGUGGACAGGAGCAGGUCUACCUGGAGGAGGAGAGGAAACGCGUCCUGGUUCGGGUUGACAACUUGAAGCACAGAGUAGGAGAACUGGAGCAUCAGCUGCAAGAGACCAAACAGGAGGUGGAAAUGGAGCAGGCACUGCUGCAGGCUGAGAGGCGGGCAGAGCAGGAACUGGUGGAGGCUGAAAAUGAAUUAAUCACUCAGCUGCAGCUUAAACUCACCCAGCUGGACAAGGCCACUCAGAAAGAGAAGGACAAGAAAGCUGAAGCUCUGGAGUCUGGGACCAAGCAGUUUGAGGAGCUGGAGUUCUGCCAGCUGGAGGAGGAGAGCCACCUGGAGGAGAAGAAGGAAGCCCGUUGCUCGCAGCUUCUCCAAGAGCGAGCCGAGUAUCAUUGCAGCGUUGCCAACAGGAAGGAGAGGAUGGCUGCUUUGGAAGCUCAGGUGAAGCAGCUUGGCAUGCAGGCUUCCCAAGAUUGUGAGAAAAUCUUAAAAGACAGAAUGACAACCCUGCAGCUACUACACAAGGAGCAAGACGUGUUGUGUAACCUUGAGAAGAGGUACCACACCUUAACAGGAGGCAGAAAUUUCCCAAAGUCCACCAGCAGCAUGAAAGAGGAAUCGCUUCACAUCAGCGAACCUGACCUUGUUUAUGUGGAUGGUCCUCCUCAUAGCCCCUGUCCCUCCUCUUCUCACAACCCCUCCCCUGAGCUCUGUCCUGUCAGGCUGCAAGAGGAGUACCUCAGGUUAUCUGAUGUCUAUCGGAUGUAUGGAAAUGCUUAUAUGCAGCCUUAUUCCUCUGCCCCCGCUGCUCUUCACUGCCUCUCCCUAACUGUGUCUCCAGCUCUGCCAUGUGAGGACUACAUCACAGUCAGUCAGUUGAGCCAGAUCUUUGGGAUGCAGAGAUCUAAGCCCUCCUCUUCCACCUCUACUCCAUCAUUCCAACUUGCCUCGUCUGAAUCCUCCUUCACGUGCCACUCAGCUGCAUGUGGUCCUUCCUCUUUUCUUUCUGCACAGAGCCAUGCUGAGCUGAGCAGGAAUGCAAUGCCUCCCAUUAACCUUGAGCGCUGGUACCAGGACAUCAUGGCUGCUGGAGAGCCUCAGCCGUGUCCUCCACCGCUGCCUGCAAAGUCUUUUUCCACACGCAGACAUGGGCAGAUGUUAAAGUCUAAAUCAGAUGGCGAGGUUGGACAGGGACCAUCAGCCACUCAAGUCUGCAGCACUGCACUUCUAUCUCUCCCCAGUGGCAUUAUGCAUGACAGAAAUGUCCCCACAACGUUAAUGCUGAGAGAGAAAAACCUGUUAGACAUGGACUCCAGGAAGCAAACAGCUCUGCAGUGCAAAGAUCCAUCUCCGACUGUCCAUCACUCCAUCCUGCACCACCAGCUGCCACCAGGCGGCAACCAGGCGUAUGACACCCUGAGUUUGGAGAGCUCAGACAGCUUGGAGACCAGCGUCUCUACUGGCAACUCUGCCUGUACUCCAGAAAGUGCCUGUGGGCUGGAGGCCCAGAGGAUAGAGGAGAUGGAGAAGAUGCUGAAGGAGGCGCAGCAGGAGAAAGCCAGACUGAUUGAGAACAGAGAGAAGGAGGUGCAGGCUCGGCGACAGAUGCUGGAGGAGGAGCGGAGGAGGAGAGAGGAGGCCGAGAGGAGGCUUCAGGAUGAAUCGGCCCACAGGCGGAGGCUGGUGGAGGAGGAGGUGAAGAUGAGAGAGAAACAGUUCUCCCAGGCCCGUCCAAUGACUCGCUAUCUCCCAAACCGUAAGGAGGAGUUUGACUUGCGUGCCCAUGUGGAGUCAUGCGGCCACUGCAUAGACACCUGCCCCUUCAUCAUCCUCACUGAAAAAAUGUGCAAAGGCCACCUGGUGAAGAUGGGAGGCAAAAUCAAAUCAUGGAAGAAACGCUGGUUUGUUUUUGACCGUCUCAAGAGAAACGUCUGCUAUUACAUUGACAAGCAUGAGACCAAGCUGAAAGGGCUCAUUUACUUUCAGGCGAUUGAAGAGGUUUACUAUGAUCACCUGCGCAGCGCCGCCAAGAGUCCCAAUCCAGCUCUGACUUUCUGUGUGAAAACUCACGACCGGCUUUACUACAUGGUGGCCCCGACUCCUGAGGCCAUGAGGAUCUGGAUGGACGUCAUAGUUACUGGUGCGGAGGGCUAUACACAGUUUAUGAGCUGAGAGACGGACACGAGGAUGAUAAUGACGAUGAGGUAAACAAAAAGAAGAUAGCGACUGGACACCUGCGUGCUGACCUGAUCUGCUUCCUUAAUGGACUGGGGGUGUGGAGCAGAGGGACAUCUGAAGAGAAGAAACAACUUCAUGAAAAGUCUGACACCUUAAACUGAAUGAGGGCUCAGUCCUGACGGAGGUGAAUUUUAAUGAAAUUGACCAGGGUUAUCUGCCCAGCUCUGAGUUUAAAUAAAAAGUCAUUUUUCAAUGUGCUUUAAAAGAUUGCAGGUGGAACAAUUUCAAAAUUUCUUCUUUUUUUUCUACACCUCAAACUGUUUACACCUCUAAAGCUAACAUAAGUAUGCAGCGUUAUCCCUCUGACCUUUUUAAUAUAUGUUUACUUUUUCUCCAGAUUUUGAAAAAUACUAUUUUAAAACACUAAGCUUACUAGGAACCUUCUAUAGCAUUUCAACAAAAUAGUAUAUGUUACAUAGUAAAUGUGACUUUGUUUGGUGCCAAAUAUAAAUAUACAGUAAAUGAAUUUUACAUGAUCUUUGUUAAUAUCUGUAUUUAUAUAUGCUCCAAAAGCCUUUCAUUUAGGUACAUAAAAGAGUGAAACAUUUGUACUUUAUAUAAAAAUGUAAAAUACUUCUCUUAACGUUUCAAUAAAAAGCAGCAGUUGCUAUCAUUAAGAUAUUCUAAAAUCCACAUUAAAUAUAAAUAAACAAUAUAUAAAGCAGA